AUGACUUCUUUAAUUCAAUUCAAUCAUAUUACUAAAAACAUUGUUAAAGUUGGUGAAUGCUCCAUCGAUUUUAAUCAAUGUCAUUUUAUUACUAAACAAGAUCUGGAAAUACUUAUUAGAGAAUGUUUGGAAUUUAAAAAUAAACCUUACACUCUCAUUGACGUAAGAAAUAGAAAAGAAGUAGAAGAAACUGGAAAAAUUGAAACUGCUUACAAUCUUCCAUUGGAUGAAAUUGAAUCAUGUUUUUCUCUGGAUGAUACAAAUUUUGAAUUAAAAUAUUUGUUUUCAAAACCACAACCUACAGAUAAUUUAAUAUUCUAUUGUCUAAGAGGAAGAAGAUCAGGUAUGGCAAUAGAAAAAUUUAAAUCAGCAGGUUAUCUCUUUUUAAUUAAUUACAGUGGCUCUGCCAAAGAAUGGUUCAAUUUAGAUAUUUGA